UUUUAUAUUCUUUCACUUUUAAGGUACUUAACCCGUCAUAGGUGGCGCAUGGGAGCUUUGAACAAAGAAACGCCAAUAAGGAAAUGACAGAGACCUAGCCUCCUCAGUUAGCUUACUAUAAGACUGUUACCUUCAUGUCACGACUGCCCAGAAAAGGCCAGCCCUACUUCAAUUUUUGAACUGCAGACGAGUGGUGAAACGUCCGAUAAAGAACACCCAUCAGUGUUGGAUUUUAAAAGGAAUGGUGAGGUCAAUGAAAGUACUCGCUUAUUUAUUAUCAAUUCAGUAAAUGCGGAGGAAAAUAAUUCAAGAGAAACAGCUAAUGUAAAUAUCAAGACAUGUGAUGAAUACUGUGAGCCUCUGGAUGAUAAUUGUCAUAACACAUAUGCAGUAGAGUUCUUUCCUAGUGAACAAUGUGAAAAUUCAGAAAUUGUUAACAAUAUUGGUGUUAUAGUACCAGACACUGAAAAAGUUUACAUGUGUUUAGUUUGUCGAAAAAUAUUUAAAGAGAAAGAUAAACUUCUAAUGCAUGAAAUUUCAGAACAUGCAGUGGACACAAACGUACCUGAACCUCCCAAAGCUGAUUCAACGAGAUCAUCGUCAUUGACAUCAGCAAUAACCACCACUAAUUCUUUGACAACAGUAUCAUCUUCUAACUCAAAAAAAUAUAAACGAAGAGGAACACAUACAUGUUUAGAUUGUGGAACCAGUUUUCCAGGCCUAAAGCCUUUGAAUCGUCAUAUCAGGGAAUAUCACAUUCCAGCUGAAAAUAUUUGUGAAUUUUGUGGUGCUCAUUACAAAAUUAAAAGUCAGUUGGAAGUGCAUAGGCGUUUACAUACUGAUGAAAAACCUUUUUCAUGUACAGUUUGCAAUGAGAGUUUUCAUUUCAAAAAGGCCCUGAAAAGACAUAAACGAAGUCACAUUGAGCCCAAGUCUUUGACUUGUAAUGUGUGCAAUAAAACAUUUACAAAUAGAAGUGCUAUGUGGAGACAUGAACAAAUUCAUUCUACAAACAGAAGUGUUUUAUGUUAUUUGUGUGGUAAAGUCCUUUCCAAUUCACAGAGUCUUAGAGUUCAUAUGAGGACUCAUUCUACAGAUAGACCUUGCUCAUGUCCAACUUGUGGUAAAACAUUCAGAGAUAACAUUUCUGUUAAUAAGCACAUGAUAAUGCACUCAGCAAUAAAAAACUUCAAAUGCGAUAUUUGUGGUAGAGCUUUCUAUAGCAAAGGUCUUGUCAAACAGCAUAAGUUAAGUCAUUCAGGAGUGAAACCUCAUAAAUGUGAAGUUUGUGGUGCUGCUUUCAAUAGACUUGGCAAUCUUAAUCAGCACAAGAAGAAGCACAUUCAGGAUGGAACUUUGGACCAUGUGAGGCCCAAUCUGACUCACAUGUGUGUCAUAUGUGGGAAAAUGAUGAAAUCUGAAUUAACAUUGAAGUAUCACUUAGCAAAACAUACAGGAGAGAAAAAGCCAUUUGAUUGCGAGGUAUGUGGUAAGCGCUUUGUGGCAGUUGAUCCUUAUCGUGUUCAUAUGCGUAUUCAUACUGGAGAACGCCCCUAUGAAUGUAGUCAUUGUGAUAAGACUUUCCGAAGUGCUUUUACUUUAAAGCAACAUUCAGCAUUACAUAAAGACGAGUUUCCAUACCCUUGUACUUUCUGUGAGAGAAGAUUUAAACGAUUGCAAUCAUUGAUUGUUCACAAAAGAACUCAUACUGGCGAGAAACCUCAUCCAUGUCCUAUCUGUGGACGUGGUUUUGCUCAGAAAGGUGACAUGAUCAAACACACUAAAACUCAUAAUCGCGAAAGAAAACCUGUAACAAUGGAAUUAGAACAUAUUACAGAACUUGUUCUCAGUGAUACGGAAAUAACAAGUGAAUUCCUUAUUGAUAUGCCUAUUGUGGAGGUUGAGACAGAAAUGAAUUCUGACAUGCAUGUGCAGAUUCAAUCUGAUAUCCAUUCUCAAAUACAGGCAGGUAUCGAUGCCGAGAUGAAAUCUAGUAUUGAAUCACAAAUUCAUCCAGUUAUUGAUUCUGAUAUCCAAUCGAAUAUCCACGCUGAUAUAGCACCAUGUAUUCACAUGGAAAUACAACCUGAUAUUCCGUCAGAUAUGACCUCAGACAUUACGACAGGUAUAACACCAGAAGAUUUGCAAUCAGAAAUUCAUUUGAAAAUAGAUUCUGGAAUUUAUCAACAAUAA